CGAAUUGACAGCGGCCAAACGAACGGCUAGAGUUUUCCGAGAAAGAUGAUAACAAAUGGCAUGCAAUGAGGAGUGCAUGCCGCUAUGUGUUUGCUGCGCAUAAAUGUUGGUUUUGUUUACGCUGUUGGCAUCAUUGUAGUGUUUCGGUGACUGCUGCAAGUUAUUGUCUGCAUUGCUGUUCUACAGGACGUGAGGGUUGUUGCCGUUGCUGCUGGAAUUGGAAACUCAGCGAUUGUGGGAGCUUUGCUAGUGGGUAUAUAAAGAAGGUGGCUCUUAAUAACCGGUGGGCUUGUGCCGUACUGCUUUAGCUGAAGACUCGCCUGAUCGUUCGGGUUGUGAGACACAACAGCUAGUUCGAUUGAAACCAGCCCAGCGUAGGUAUAUGUUGGUGGGGACCGCUAUGUAGCAUAAAGAUUUGAUCUACUUUGUUUAUAAACAAAAAAAGCCGCUGUCAUUUUUCAUCCCCUCUCGCAUCAUCCAUGCCUUAUUCUCAUACUGUCGAAAACGAACCACCUGUCAAUUCCAGCUCCUUGCUUAAAACAUGCAAUCUGAUGUAACAUUCGCAGUGUUGUUCUAUGGAGUCGGCCUAAUAUACCGUAACUCAAUAACUGAAGUUGAAGAAAGUCGAGUUUUUUCCUAGAAUGUAUCAAUUGGCUUGUACCGCUCGUCAGUUUACUGUAAGAAGUUACAGUCGAUCAUUUAGAUCCUUCUCAAAUUACGUUGUGAAACGUAAUGAGCCAUCUACUGGUAUACGAUCACACGGUGGAAUAACAAACCAUAUUCGAGGUUCCUUAAUGCGAGAUCAUUGGACUCGUUUGCGACACAUCGGAUCACUGAAUACAGUACAAAUUAAUACUUCAAGAACUUUCUGUAGUAAAAAAGAUGUUGAUGAGGAAGAACUGGAAGUUGAACAAAAUUCAGGCACAUUUCCAAGUCAGCUUCCUGCAACUGUGGCUAUACCAGAAGUAUGGCCUCAUUUACCUGUUAUUGCCACCAAACGGAAUCCGGUUUUUCCCAGAUUCAUGAAAAUACUGGAGAUUACAAAUCCCACGCUGAUAGACCUCAUUAGAAGAAAGGUUAAACUGAACCAACCCUAUGCAGGGAUUUUUCUGAAAAAAGACGACGACAACCCAAAUGAAGUCACUGAAAAUUUAAGUGAAAUUUACGACAUUGGAACCUUCGCACAAAUACAAGAAAUGCAAGAUCUGGGAGAUAAAUUACGUCUCGUAGUGACAGCACAUCGACGAAUCAAAAUUGUUGGUCAAUUAUACGAGGAUCUGGAUGCAAAAAACGAUAAGCAAAUGACAAUAAAGUAUCCGCUAUUUAAAUCACAAAUUACUAUCACAGUGGACGAAAGUGAUGCCGAGAAACGACGACGGAAGCACAAAAACCGGAAUAAGUUGAAGAAUAUUAAGAACGCGAACAAUGACAGUACCGUGGAUGGUGAACCAUUGGAGGAGCCACCGGCAAAACGUCUGCUGAAGGAAGGGGAACAACAGCCUGUUUUGAUGGUCGAAGUUGAAAACAUUCAACACGCAGCUUUUAAACACACCGAGGAAGUGAAGGCACUCACACAAGAAGUUAUUAAAACUAUACGCGAUAUCAUCACUAUGAAUCCACUUUAUCGAGAGAGUUUGCAGCAAAUGCUUAGUCAAAAUCAACGUGUAGUUGAUAAUCCUGUUUACCUAUGCGAUUUGGGCGCUUCGCUGUCAGCAGCAGAUCCGGCAGAGCUACAAGAAAUUCUUGAGGAAAUGAAUAUACCCAAGCGUUUAAUGUUAGCUCUAUCAUUACUGAAGAAAGAACUAGAACUCUCGAAAUUGCAAGCCAAAAUUGGCCGUGAAGUAGAAGAGAAAGUGAAGCAGCAGCAUCGGAAAUAUAUUCUACAAGAGCAGCUCAAAGUAAUAAAAAAGGAGCUCGGCAUAGAGAAAGACGACAAAGAUGCAAUAGGUGAAAAGUAUCGCGAAAGGAUUAAGGAUAAGGUUGUGCCCAAAGCUGUUGCUGAUGUUAUUGAGGAGGAACUCAACAAGCUAAACUUUCUCGAAAGUCAUAGUUCAGAGUUCAACGUCACCCGCAACUAUCUCGAUUGGUUGACAACGUUGCCCUGGGGUGUCAUGAGUGAGGAGAACCUUGAUAUUGAUCGUGCCAUCGAAAUUCUGAAUACAGACCAUUAUGGCAUGGACGAUAUAAAAAAGCGUAUUCUGGAGUUUAUUGCUGUGAGUCAGUUGAAGGGAACAACUCAGGGUAAGAUUUUAUGUUUCCAUGGACCACCUGGUGUUGGCAAGACAAGUAUUGCCCGAUCCAUCGCACGGGCCUUGAAUCGCGAAUAUUUCCGGUUCAGUGUAGGUGGCAUGACUGAUGUGGCUGAAAUUAAAGGCCACAGAAGAACAUAUGUCGGAGCAAUGCCCGGAAAACUGAUUCAAUGUUUGAAGAAAACGAAAACCGAAAAUCCGUUGGUGUUAAUCGAUGAAGUUGAUAAAAUUGGAAAAGGCUACCAGGGAGAUCCUAGUUCAGCGUUAUUGGAGAUGCUAGACCCUGAGCAAAAUGUGAAUUUUCUCGAUCAUUAUCUGGAUGUGCCAGUUGACUUAUCGAAAGUACUUUUCAUUUGCACUGCCAAUAUUAUAGACACAAUUCCUGAACCUCUUAGAGACCGUAUGGAGAUGAUUGACAUGUCAGGUUAUGUUGCUGAAGAAAAAAUGGCAAUCGCAAAGCAGUAUCUGAUACCUCAGGCGAAAAAAGACUGCGGAUUGGAAGAUAAGCACAUUCAAUUGACUGAUGAUGCACUGAAUGUACUCAUAAAAAGUUACUGCCGUGAAUCCGGUGUACGUAAUCUACAGAAACAGAUCGAGAAAAUAGUUCGCAAAGUAACUUUCAAAAUAGUCCGCAAGGAGAUCGAAUCGGCUGAAAUAACAGGAGCAAAUCUCAGCGAGCUGUUGGGUAAGCCCAUUUUCACACAUGAUCGGAUGUACGAUACAACGCCACCGGGAGUUGUAAUGGGGUUGGCAUGGACAGCGAUGGGUGGCUCGGCUUUGUACAUUGAAACUGCUAAACGAAAGUUGGUGGAAUCUAGUAAAAAGGAUAGUACAGCUGAUGGAACGAUACAGUUGACGGGACAUUUAGGUGAUGUGAUGAAGGAAUCCGCCCAUAUUGCUCUUACUGUGGCACGGAAUUUUAUCAAGCAGUUUGACACGAGCAAUAACUUUCUGGAAUCAAGUCACAUUCAUCUUCACGUUCCCGAGGGUGCUACACCUAAAGAUGGCCCCAGUGCCGGAGUAACGAUUGUCACUGCUUUACUGUCCCUCGCUGAGAACAGGCCCAUUCGACAGAACGUGGCCAUGACUGGUGAAAUAUCACUUAUGGGAAAAGUUCUACCCGUUGGAGGUAUCAAGGAGAAAACUAUUGCCGCCAAACGGAGCGGUGUCAAUUGCAUUAUAUUACCAGAAGAGAACAAGAAAGACUAUACAGAUUUGCCGCAGUUUAUCACUGAUGGGCUGGAAGUUCACUUCGUUGAUCAAUACUUAGAUGUAUACAAAAUUGUAUUCCCAGAUGGGCGCUGAUCUUGAUCUACUGCGAAAUGUAACUGGCUUCAAUGAAGUUAAAAACCUAAACAACACCUUAUUACUUAUUGUUAAUACUGUUAGUUAAUGAAAAAAAUAAUCAAAGAUUUUUAUUUUCAAUCUUAUUAUAAGAUACAAAUUACGUAACGCUUAAAAUACGGAUUUUGGACCCCUUAUCUCUAUGUAACAAUAAGUAACGCAUGGCGAGCCCCCUCUUCUUCUUCUUU